AUGUCCGAAAGCCCUGCCUCGUGGGUCCGGCACGAUGACACGUAUGUGCAUGAUGGUGUCUCAGCAAGGAGCGACUGGUCGAACGAUGUCGUCGGUGCUACGGAGGAAAACAACUACUACAACGCGCAAGACCAAACGACGUGGGAGAAUGGCGCUCAUUCCUAUGGCUAUGAUACAGGGGCGGCCUACAGUGCCCAGGAUGGGAACAGCACCUGGCUAGAGAGUCCUUCGGAUAUGGACUGGGAACAGCAAGUCGCUAAUAAUGUGGAGGCCACACCUGACGAGUGGCAGUGGGUCCAAAAUUCUUCUACCGAGGGGUACUUCUACAACUCUGUUACGGGAGAAGCACGCUGGGACGACCCGGCAGCUUUUGAAGAGGCCAAUAGCCAUGAGUUGGUCGAACGCGGAUACAACGAUGCCUUAGCGACGGAAGGGGUUCCCAUCGGGGAAACACUGACGGAAUACUACGGCCAAGGAAGGUACACCUUCACCGCAGAGGACGGUACAGUGUGGAGCUACGACGAGGCCCUCGGAGACUACGUUCAACAUCACGAUGACCAGGAAAGUUCGUGGGAACCACCUCCAGAAUGGCAGGAGAACCCGGUUGCUGAGGAUUACUAUUCCUCGACGUAUGAGAACGGCGUGCCCGACAACGACGGGGGUGUCGCGGAGUUGCAACAGCCGGGAAGGCCUGCUAUCACCGGCGACGAGAGCAACGAGGAGGGUGGAACUCUGCACUAUGCGCCGCCGCAGGAGACGGCACUUGAACCAGUCCCAACCGGCGGCGCCGGCUCCGCGAGUAUCGCACAACCUGAAGGAAGAAAAGGAUACGAUGAAAAUGACGGUGCCGCCUCCACCGGGAUACGAUCGGAGCGGAGCUCACAACCACAGGAAAAUGAUACCCAUGGCGACAUGGCCAGCGCUGGGCCUAGAAGCAGCGGGCCUAGAAGCAGCGGUGACAACAGUUCUCUCGACCAAACGUCUGCCGACGAGUUCAGCCAGUGGUCCCUUGCGAAGCUUCGGGGGGUUUCUAAGAUGCUCCCAGGGAAAUGGCCCGUGAGCGAUUUCUUGGUCGACCGCGCGACGGAGGACUACGACAUGAUGCUAACGCUGAACGCGUCUGAGAUCGAAGCCUUCAAGAACAAGGGCACAUCCCAAAUCAUCCGCUCGCUUGUCGGACCCGAGGAUGGGGAGGACGACGACCAAGAUGACUUGUCUCUAUCCAGCGACUCCUGUGAGACGGCAGACGACCCUUACCAAGAGGACCAGCUGUCCGCGUCGGUGACGGCCGGCCACGUUGAGUACCCAACUGCGCAAGGAUUCCUCGGAAAGUCCAGCGGAGGCAUUACGACCGCAGGGACAACAUCGGUGACGUCAUUCCCGGGGUCUUCUCCAGGUGACGCGGGCGAUGGGGUUGUGGCGAAUGGCGGGAAGAAGAAAGCCGCUGCUAGUGUCACGGGAAGCGAAAGCGUCGGCAAGAAUCGAGAGAUUUCCCCAACGAGGCGGCCCGUUGAAGGCAAAGGGCUCAGGCCCGGGCGGCGUGGGUCUUUGCUGGGGCUGGACCGCGCGAAAGUCGACAACGAGGGCAAGGGGCUCGGUGGCUGGAAGCCGGGUUUUGCCGAGGACGGCAGCUUGUACUUCAUCAACCAGGAGACAGGGGAAGUCAGGUGGACGUUUCCGGUGCGGGCGUGGGAGGUGAGGGUCAGACAGCUGGCCUUGCUCACUCCACGCGCUCCGUUGGAGGUAGGGAGGGGUGUCUGCCGCCUGCGAGAGACUUCAGAGAUGAAGAAGAAACGCCUAGCGCACCGAUGGAAGGUGGAACAGAUUCUGGCACAGGAGGCCCUUCGUCGAGAGGAAGAUCCUACCCCCGCCGAGGCGGCGCAGGAUGCCAUGGAGAGCAUUAUCACCGCGAUCGAGAGACGGGAGGAUAAAAAGCGGCGGCGUCGGGAGCACAACAUCCGCGCGUUGGAGCGGGCGCGGUGGCACCCUUCAACUUCGGGUUACCUGAUGCAGAGGCUCGCGGUUUCAGCAUCGACAACGGUUAUUGCCACUGCGCGAGCGAACGAACUGGAGGAAGGACCUGAAGGGAAGAUGAUACUCACGGACGCGGAUUUUCUGGACAUUAAUCUAACGCAGGGAAGGGGCCUCGCGACCGCGCUACACUUUAGCCUGCCCGCCAGGCUUCUACAGCCGCGCACGAAGUGGGCGGGGUUACUGGCCGCCCCGGACCUUCCGACCCCACCUUCUCUUCGAGCGCUGGCCGGAGUUCGGUCGCUGGGCGAUCUCAAGCGCGAACUGACAGCCCUCGGAACAGCCGCUCGCGCCGCCACGGCCACACCAGCGAAUCAGGAGCAGGCGAUGGCCACAGAAGGCGGUGGUACUAUUGGCGGGAAUGCCCUCUCGUCCAUGAAGGCUCGGGCAUGGAAAAGAAAGAUAAAGGCUACCGCAGCCGAACCAGCAGACACAGCCAGCAAGGAUGAGGAAGCUUUGGUUGAUGGAGACACGCCGGUGCCCGCAACAGCAGUGGCAGUGCGCACGCAAAAUGACGAAACUUCGACAGCACUAGGACGGCCAGACGGCGUCGCUCCCGCCGCCGCACCGCCACUCGCCGACUCCCCUCCCACGAGAAACGCCGAGCCUCCCGCUGAGCACGAUGGGGCGACCGCGGCCACCGGGAAGAGAUCAAGGGACGACCACAACAAACCCAGCAACGACGGCGGCGACAGCGGCAGCAGCAGCAGCAGCGCGAAGGGCUCUUUCGCCACAACGAAAUCACCGUCGGGAGUGACAACAGCUGUCAGACCGGCGAGUGUACCUAACGGCGGGGUCAAGGAUUCCAAGGGGCAAGCCGGGACGGGGAACGAAGAGGAGGAAUCUCGACAACAGUCCGAAAAGGGCCCGCCAAGCCCUCGCGUGCUGACGGCCGUUGCGCCCCUCGACGAGCAAGUGCGGGGAUUUGGGGCCAAGCUAGCGCUCAAGAUCGAGAUUGGAGAUCUUGACCCAAAGCGCGCGGGCGAUGCCGUGGCAGCGAUGGCGAAAAAGAGGUUGGUUGCGGCGGGGAAGGCCAUGGGCCUUCCAAACAAGGUCGCCACUACGACAAAGGUGCCUGAGAAGCCCGGCAGAGUGCUCACGCCGCAGCCGCCACCGCCAGACGUGUCUACCAUAACUAUUGAGUUAGCCUGCACGCCGCCUCCGUUCAACCUUUUGACCACGGUCAAAGUGGAGGACCCGGCCACCGGCAAGAAAUGCGACCGCGAGGAGUUGACCUCGGUGCUACGAGACGCCUGGGAGGGCAUGCUCGUGCGGGAUAUCGCCAUGGCGGGAGGAGUCGACCCUCGGCAGGUUAUAGUUGAGGAAGUCCGUCGCCGGCGGGUAAGCAAAGUUAACGCGUCGGCAGACGCAUCGCCCUUUCGGCCCGAGCGACGAGACGAGACUUUCCGCCGUUAUGCUGGAACAGAGCACGCGGUGGCGGGGAUGGCAACAACAACAACAAGCCCUGCCCCCGCUCGGGCUGAGGGACUUGUCGCGCCCUGUCCUACUUCAGGACAGCGGCAGGAGGAACAGCUUGGAAGCGGAACCGAACGGCUGCUGGCACCGGCGAGUGAUUCUCUCCCACAGGCGGGUCUACGUGCAACCAUGACCAGGCGCUUGCGUCCUCCUGUUGCGAAGAAACGAAGGCUGGGCAGGGGCUGGGCUGGCCGUGGCGGCAGCGGCGUUGGCGAUGACGGCAGAGAGCAAGCCAGCCUCCUCGAUGAUCUCAACGGGGAACUCUCGCGCGCUUCGCCGCAACUUGGCGAAGUAGAUCGGCGCGCGUUCACGGCUCCGAGCCUGGACUCCCCCUCCUUAGGGGUAGAUGAGGUGGUGGGGGCAUCGGGGACACCGCGAGAGCCGGUGGCGGGGUCGUCCGGGCCACAAAAGGUGCUGCUGCCGCGCAUUGCUAAUAGCAGCAACGGGUUUUCGUCGGACGGCGCGUGGAACUCCCCGAGGGAGGGGGCAGGGGACGCGGCGUUUCGCAGGAGAGGCACCGUUGUCAACGGCUCAGCCCCUUGGAAAGGGAUGAAUUUUGCAGAUAUGAACGUGGCGGAUGACCAUGCGGUUGGGAUCGGGGCCGGAAAUCGAGGCGAUUUCGGCAUCCUCGGUCGUAUCCAGCAAAGGGGCGGCCGUUUUGUCGGAAGCUUGGGGCACAUGCAGGAGGUGUUUGAGCCGGUUGACGAAGGACGAACGCAAGACCCUGAGUGA